CAUCAAUUCAUGCAUCAAACACAAUAUAUAAACAACAUGAUGCUAGAGUUGAGUUGGUCCAGCAUUAUUUGUCUCAAACUAGAAUCACCAAAAAAGAAACCAUGAAGAGCAACAACAAUAGCACUAGUAGCAGGGUCUCUGUUGUCAUAAAGCCUCUGUUCUCUGUCUUGAGCUCCUUAGCCAAAGGCAAAUGGGGCACCAUCAAAACCAAAACCGAAACACUUAAAGCCAAGCUGGUCAUUUUCUCCUUAUUAAAGCCUAAACAUCUCCCUGCUCUUGGCGCCAUCUCCCACAAGAUCCAUGCACUAGUAGCCGGCAGUGGCGCCUCUGAUCAGCAGCAUCCUGAUCGCGAUGAUCAAGUCCUCGACGAGGUUCAGCAGCAGCAAAUGGUGGAGUACUACUACAACAACUACUACAUUGAUGACCAUGAGGAGGAUGACAAUAAGUACCCUGAUUUAAGGCAUUGUUUUUUCGAUGAGGAGGAGGAUGAUGGGGAUGACCCCAAUGCAUCCGCAAUUGAUCAAGUGAGAAACUCUAAACAAGAGGAAGGGCAUGAUUUUAGUCUUGAGGAUGAGAUUGAUCAGGUUGCAGAUUUGUUUAUAAAUAAGUUUCAUAAGAGGAUGCGGAUCCAGAAGCUGGCGUCGUUUAAGAGGUAUCAAGCAAUGCUGUCGAGAAGCACGUGAAUUAGUACUUGUGUUGAGGAUUAUAUGAAAUAUGUGUGCAAUCUGCAGCAUAUGUAGCUGAUGGCCUAGAAAACAAAGUCUUGUUUGUUCAUUAGUUUCUCUUUUGUGUUCAUCAUUGUUUUGUAUUCAUAUGUAUUCUUACAAGAAC